UCACUGAACGUACUUUACGGAGAAAACUUUCGUUUAAAAAGAAUUUUAAAAGUUUUUAAGUGUAAAAUGAAGAUAUUUUUCUCAAUUUGUGCUCUAUCUGUGACUCUGGUAGCUCUUGCUGCAGUUGAAGUGCCUCCAGAAAAUCAAAAAAAAGUCUUCUGUGUUCAUGGAAAGUGGUCAGCCUACCGUAAGGGUGAUGGACAUUUUGGCAUUGAACAAAUUAAUCCUUUACUGUGCACCCACUUGGUGUACACAUUCUUCGGCAUUGAUGCCAAUGGAGAGAUGGUCAUAAGAGAUCCAUGGUUGGAUUUGGAAGAAAACGAUGGGCAAGGAAAUUUGCGGAAACUCAUAAGACUCAGAGAGAUUAAUCCUGAUUUGAGAAUCUUGGCUUCUGUGGGAGGUUGGAUUGAGGGGUCUGAUAAUUUUUCCGAAGUUUCCCAUGAUGGCGAAAAACGUAAAGCCUUCGUUAGGAGUUCAAUAAAUUUUCUGGAAAAAUACAGAUUUGACGGACUCGAUCUUGACUGGGAGUAUCCAGGACGACGUGAAGGAAGCAAAAUGAGCGACAAGGAAGCUUUCACAAAGCUUGUUAAAGAUCUUCAUGAUGCAUUUAAGUCUAAAGGUCUCCUCCUAACAGCUAUGGUUGCUUCUGAACAGCACAACGCUGCAAUUUCCUACGACAUCCCACAAAUUAGCAAAUAUUUGGACUUUAUAAAACUCAAAACGUACGAACUGCAUGGAUUUUGGAGCCCAAAUAUAGGUCAUAAUUCUCCACUUUAUGGAAAAUCCUGGGAAAAAAAUGUAGACAGAUUUCUAAAUAUCCAUUCUGGCGUGAGGUAUUGGCUAGAAAGUGGAGCUCCUGCUGAAAAGAUUAUUGUAGGAGUUCCCCUCUACGGACGUGGCUUUAAGAUGGUCAACGAGGAGGAUAAUGUUAUUGGAUCACCUCAUUUGGGGCCUUCUGACCCCGCCUUGCAUACAAACGAUGCCGGAUUUAUCGGUUUCAAUGAACUCUGUGAGAAGCAACUAACUGAGCAAUGGGAAGAACAUUGGGAUGAUGAGCAGCUGGUGCCGUAUACAACAAGAGGAGAUCAGUGGAUAGGCUAUGACAACGAAGAAAGUUUAAGGAUAAAAGCAAACUACGUACGAAGGUACAAACUCGGUGGAAUAAUGGUUGGGAACAUUGAGAAUGAUGAUUAUCUGGGAAUUUGUGGUAAAGGUCUGUUUCCUCUUUUGCGGGAAAUUAAUAGAGCUCUUGAAGACAAAAGCUCUGAUCAAGUCAUCAAGUCAAAUAAAACCUGUCCUUAAGCUUGAUUUACUCAUUUAAGAUUUUUUUUAAAAUCGUUUAAAAUUAGUCACUACUGAUGAAAGUCUUUCAUUUGACUGGGAUAACAAUGAAUUUUCCCAAACACUUUCUAAGAAAAUGAUUCGACUUUUAUUAUGUUUAUAAAUAAUCUAAAAAAUGAUUCAUAUUAAAAAAAAUUCCCCAUGCAUUGUGCAUAACAUCCUUUAUUCCAUUCUUGCUGUAAAAUUUCUUUAUUAUAUUGUCCAUACAAUAAA